AUGUUGUUAUCAAAAUACGAUAUUCAAUACGUUGCACAAAAGGCCAUCAAAGGAAGCGUACUAGCAGACCAUCUUGCUCAGCAACCGUUAGAGGAUUACCAGCCUUUGAAGUUUGACUUCCCAGAUGAGGACAUCAUGGUUGUUAAAAAUCCUGAAGACUCCGAACUAGAGGAGGGACCUGAGCCAAAUGAAGAUUGGAUUCUCAUGUUCGACGGUGCUUCAAAUGCAAUAGGUCAUGGAAUUGGGGCAGUGUUGAUGUCUCCCAAGAAUUUCCAUCUACUAUUCACUAUAAAACUCGGUUUUACCUGCACGAGUAACAUGGCCGAAUAUGAAGCUUGCAUCUUGGGUCUAGAAGAAGCUAUUGAGUUAAAGAUCAGAGUACUAGAGGUAUUCGGAGACUCCGCUUUAGUGAUAAAUCAGAUCAGAGGUGAUUGGGAAACAAGACAUGCUAACCUAAUUCCAUAUCGGGAUUACGUGCUGAAGUUGCUCCCAAAAUUUGACUAA